AUGGGGUCUUUGUUUGGGGACCCCUAUUUUAGAGCCACAAAGUUCACUCAUGGAACCAGCAUGAUGUCGUUUGAUGGGAGCCGUCUGGCUCCAUGGAGAGAAACUGAAAAUCACCCUCUGCUACUUAUCCAAUUCAAACAUAUUGUCUUUUCAUCUUCACCUUGUAGGUUUCUUACUAGAUACCCCAUUGCAGCUGAUGAUUUGCCGAAUGCCAUCAUUGCAGGCAGAGUGAUAAUAAAGCCAAACAUCAAAGAAUUCACAGAGAGGGGUGUUAUUUUUGAAGAUGGCAGCAGCGAGGAAAACAUCGAUGUUGUGAUCUUUGCUACAGGAUACAGCUACUCCUUCCCAUUCAUUGAGGAAGGAGUGAUCAAGACAAAUGGCAAUCACAUUCCGCUCUAUAAAUUUGUCUUCCCACCACAUUUGAAAAGGCCCACUCUAGCAAUCAUUGGCCUUCUCCAGCCUUUGGGAGCCAUCAUGCCAAUAUCAGAGCUCCAAGCUCGCUGGGCUACAAGAGUCUUCAAGGGCUUGAUCAAACUGCCUUCAGAGGAUAUGAUGAUGGCUGACAUUGCAAAGAAAUUUCAGUAUAAUAACAAACGGUACGUACCAAGCCAGCACAUCUCCCUACAAGUCCAGUAUGUUGAUCACAUGGAUGAACUGGCUUCGCUCUCAGGAGUAAAACCCAACCUACUCAAUCUCUGGCUGACCGAUCCAAGACUGGCUUGGGAAGUCUUUUUUGGGCCAUGUUCACCUAUGCAGUUCCGUCUGUCUGGGCCUGGCAAGUGGGAAGGAGCCAGAAAUGCCAUCCUAACCCAAAGAGAAAGAAUUGUCAGGGCUACAAAAACACGAACCCUGCAAUCACGCUCUGGCAGCAGUGUCACUUCCAUCUUCAUGAAAGUCUUUGGCUGUUUUGCUCUCUUUGCCGUCAUAUUAGCUUACUUAUAAUUUGUCCUUAUUGCAGCCAGAGAACAUCUGGUACCAUUUCUUGGACUUCCCUUCUUUGUGGCUGCUUUUUCAUGUACAAAAGCCACCUUUGCAUGUUGCAUAUUUGAGUUCUGGGGUGCUUUCUUUGCCUUCUUGUUUCUGUGAAUUGUUGCCUAGUGACUACAGUAAACACUGAUACAGUAGAGUCUCACUUAUCCAACAUAAAUGGGCUGGCAGAACGUUGGAUAAGUGAAAAUGUUGGAUAAUAAGGAGAGAUUGCGGAAAAGCCUAUUAAACGUCAAAUUACGUUUAUGAUUUUACAAAUUAAGCACCAAAACAUCAUGUUUUACAACAAAUCGACAGAAAAAGCAGUUCAAUACAUGGUAACGUUAUGUAGUAAUUACUGUAUUUAUGAAUUUAGCACCAAAACAUCGCAAUGUAUUGAAAACAUUGACUACAAAGACAUUAGCUACUAAAAAUUGACUACAAAUAAAGAUAGAAUUGCAUAAAAUGAACUUAUAGUAACAACAUUGUCAGAAGUUACAUCCGUAAAAUGUUCAGUCCUUGCUUCCUAGAGAAACAGCAGUGGAUCUAGACAGGAGGCAGACUGAGUUGGAUAAUCCAGAAUGUUGGACAAGCGAGACUACUGUACAUAAAUUGUGAAGAUGAUCAGCAGCUUGUAUUUUGCUAGUUGACUGGUUACCAAAUCUCAUUGUUUUUUCUUGAAUUUCAAACAAGCAAAAAAUUCUGCUGCAAUUCUUUCAUAUACUAUCCCUCCCCACUACUCUUGUAUCAAUGUAUAUUUAUCAAAUAGUAGAUAAUUCCCACAAUUGCUUUCAUGUUCUAUGCUCAAGUUAAUGCAUGCACUUUGAUGGGCCUUUGCCAUAGAAUCAUGGAAUUAUAGCGUUAGAAGAGACCACGUGGGCCAUCUAGUCCAACCACCUGCAAUGCAGGAAAAGCACAAUCAAAUCACCCCCGUCAGAUUACCAUUCCAUCAUCUGCUUAAAAUUCUCCAAAGAAGGAGCCUCCAUCACACUCUGAAGCAGAGAAUUCCAAUGUUGAACAACUCUUAUAGUCAAGAAGUUCUUCCUAACGUUCAGAUGGAAUCUCCUUUCCUGUCAUUUGAACCCAUUGCUCUGUCUCUAGGGUAAAGGAAAAAGCCUGCUCCCUCUUCCUUAUGACAUUAUUUCAAGUAUCUAAACACCACACAUUACUGCAUAGAAAUUGCUUCCGUUUUCAACGCAAUUCCUUGCCUUGCUUCCCAUUUCCCAGGCUUAUUUUUGUCUUAUGAAACAAAAUAUCUUUCCCCUGUGAUUGAGGAAAUAUACACUCUGUUCUCUGUUUUAUGUUGGAAUCGUAUUUUUCCUACAAACAGAUAUGUUCAAAUAUUGUAACAGUAAUUAGUAAUAAAAUAUUGAAAAUCA